AUGGAAUCCGGUACUCCAACGCAGUCGCUCUCAACACUACCAGGAAAUGGCCUUCCCGGACUCCCAACAGAGCUUCUUUACAUGAUUCGUCUUUCGCUACCGAUAGCGUCUCGUAUUGCUCUCGCUUUAACCUGCAAGAAGAUUCGCGACAAUUUCGGGAUUGAACAACUAAAGGGGAAGAAUGCAACUAAGCUCUUACUACUUCUCGAAAAGGAUAGCCCAACUAAAUUCGUCUGCUUUGGCUGCAGCAAGCUCCGGCCACUGUUCAGACAUCCAACACGGGGUUGGGUCGAUAAGGGCCAUAAACUAUGCGGGGAUCACCAGAAAAGGACCCUCACCGUCUUACAUGAAACUUCCGAGGACCAGACCUGGGUUCAUAUUCGCAGAGUCACAAAAUACACAAUCCGGUUCAAUCUUCAUGUCUGGAAGCCCCUUAGGACCGGCCCCAAAAUCUCAUUUUCAGAGGCUCACUUGGUCAUGAACCGGCACCGAUAUGGGCCAAGAUAUGGAAUAUCGCUUGAUUUUCUGAAACAAGACUUUAACAUGGAGACUUUCAUCAGAUGUUGGAACCAUGACCAUUUCUCUUUGUGCAAGGAUCCACCCAAGGGACGGUACGGACUGCGACCAGAGGAACAAGGAAAUGUCAACCACCCCACGCCAGCAGGCCCUGGAAAUGGACAAGGACUUUGGAGCUUCGGCUUCAAAUAUAGCGCUAUGAUCGUUGAUGAUGAACUACAUGUGGUUCGUCUUCAUCGAAGAGAUGAAGAUGCGUGGACGCUGGAGCUAGUAACAUACCAUCGACUUGGGCAAUGCGAGACGCCAGAUGAUCCCAUCUGGCAGUGCCUAGCCAGUCCUUUAAAGCAAAUCAGUAUCGGCCGUGAGAGGGUCGAUCCAAGCUUUGGGCCAGGCCGUACGCGAGAGAAAUGGUAUGAGGCUCUCACGGGUACGACUAACACCCGAGGCGGUGGUCUGUUCUAG